AUGUUAAUUUUCCACUUGACAGCCAAUCAGAAAGCGAACUUACUUCCUGUAGUAGUAUUCCUUCAUGGAGAGAGUUACGACAUCGGGAGUGGAAACGUCUAUGAAGCUGCUGCCGUGGCUUCCUUCGCAGGGAACGUGUGGGUGACUCUCAACUACAGGCUCGGAGCUUUAGGUUGGUGCAGCUGUUUUCUGAGCACUAAAAAUGACAAUUCCCCUGGCAACUACGCCCUACUUGACCAGGUGGCUGCCCUUCAUUGGGUGAAAGAGAACAUAAGGGCAUUUGGAGGUGACCCAGAUAGGGUCACCCUCAUUGGUCAUCAUUAUGGGGCUGCCAUGGCUCACAUGCUAGCCGUCUCUCCAGUUACUAAAGGAAAAUUUCUCUUUCAGCGGUUGAUUUUAUUGGGGGGUACAGCGUUCUCCAGCUGGUCCCUUCAACACAACCCAACAUUGUACACACAACAACUCGCCAACAUGUUGAACUGUUCC